AUGUGUAUCGUCAGAAACAUCGAUAAAGAAGUAGAAAAAGCAAUUGAAUCGGCUGUCAUAACUAAUGAUGAUCAGGAGGAAGACAUUGCAAUAACAGCAGCGGUGUCUGUUAUUCCACCGCCAACAACAUACGACAUCACAUCAACAACAACAAUAGCAGACCUUUCAUUGCAAUGCCAACUUGAGCAUAUCCUGCAACGCUUGAAAAUAUUAGAAAACGAUAACAGCAAAUUACGUCAAGAGAACAUGAAAUUACGUGAAGAGAACCUGAAACUGCUUCAAGAGUUAAAAAAUUCGAAAUAA